AUGGCGCUUCUUCAGCAGAAGGCGCUCGCGGACUAUGUCGAGCAGCAGGCUGCUUUCGAGGACUUUCUACGCAACUUUAAGUCGUCGACAUCGGAGACAGAGGCUGCGCUUGACGAUCUACAUCUUGACGGCGACAGCGAAGAAUACGACUUCAUGGACGACGUAGGAGACGGCGAUGGCACGCGAACACGGACGCGAGCAAGCCGACCAAAGACCAAGUACAUGAACAUGCUUCAAGAUGUUGCAGAUCGUGUCAAGUCGCAGGUGUUGAUCGAUCUGGACGACCUCGAGCUCUACGAGAAGAGCCUUGACGACGAUACCGCAUUAUCGCUAAAUCUGGUGUCGUCAAUCGUGCGGAACUGCCAUCAUUAUAUAGAGGUGCUAUCAAGAGCUGUUGACAAGGUCAUGCCAUCACCCAACACGGAGCCCAACUUUAAGGACGACGUGAUAGACAUUAUCAUGACACAACGGUCAAAACGAAACGAGACUGUGCGCCAGCAAAUGGAGGGUAACAUCGAAGGCGGGCUACCGGAAUCGAUCUUUCCACCAGAGCUCACGCGGCGGUAUACGCUGAACUUCAAGCCCAUUACGCCAUCCGGAUCAAGCAGCGAGAAAGGCAGCAAAGCGCUGGCUGUGCGACAGGUGCGAGGCGAACAUCUUGGCCAUCUAAUCACUGUCCGUGGCAUCACAACGAGAGUCUCCGAUGUGAAGCCCUCCGUGCAAGUCAACGCUUACUCUUGCGAUCGUUGCGGACACGAAAUUUUUCAACCUGUAACUACCAGGCAAUUUACGCCACUGGUAGAAUGUACAUCCGACGACUGCAUGAAGAACAACGCCAAAGGCCAACUCUUCCUGUCGACAAGAGCUUCGAAAUUCUUGCCGUUUCAAGAAGUCAAAAUCCAGGAGAUGGCUGAUCAGGUCCCGGUUGGACAUAUUCCACGGCAGCUUACAAUCCAUUGUAAUGGAGCACUUGCACGACAGAUCAACCCGGGUGAUGUUGUGGAUAUUGCUGGCAUCUUCAUGCCUACCCCAUACACCGGCUUCAAAGCGAUUAAAGCUGGGCUGCUCACGGACACUUACCUAGAGGCGCAGUAUGUGAACCAGCACAAGAAAGCCUAUGAUAGCAUGAUUCUUGCGCCUUCCACUAUCCUGCGCAUGACGGAGCUAGAGCAGUCGGGGCAGCUGUAUGAGUAUCUGAGUCGAUCAAUCGCGCCAGAAAUCUUCGGCCAUCUGGACGUAAAGAAGGCGCUUUUACUGCAGCUCAUUGGUGGCGUAUUCAAGGAGAUGGGUGAUGGCAUGCGCAUCCGUGGCGAUAUAAAUGUCUGCUUGAUGGGCGAUCCCGGUGUGGCCAAGUCGCAGUUGCUCAAGUACAUCACGAAGGUUGCGCCUCGAGGUGUCUAUACUACCGGCCGCGGUAGCAGUGGUGUGGGUCUGACAGCUGCUGUUAUGCGCGACCCGGUGACAGAUGAGAUGGUGCUGGAAGGCGGUGCGCUUGUGCUUGCAGACAACGGCACCUGCUGCAUUGAUGAGUUUGACAAGAUGGACGACAGUGACCGCACUGCAAUCCACGAAGUGAUGGAGCAGCAGACCAUCUCCAUCUCCAAGGCCGGAAUUACGACGACGCUCAAUGCUCGAACGUCAAUCCUGGCGGCAGCAAACCCGCUCUAUGGCCGAUACAACCCUCGAAUUUCACCCGUUGAAAAUAUAAACUUGCCGGCAGCGCUCCUGAGCAGAUUUGAUAUUCUUUUUCUGAUCCUCGAUACUCCGUCUCGGGAGACGGAUGAAGAGCUUGCCAGGCACGUUACCCACGUGCACAUCCACAACAAGCAUCCUGAACCGCAGGGCGCUGGCCACAUAUUUAGCCCCAAUGAAGUCCGACAAUGGGUCGCUCGAGCACGCUCUUUCCGGCCGGUGGUGACAAAGCAAGUCUCAGACUACCUUGUUGGCGCGUACGUCCGGCUGCGCCAGCAGCAAAAGCGCGACGAAGCCGGCAAGAAGACCUUCACGUAUACGUCUCCGCGAACCCUGCUCGGCAUUCUACGUAUCUCGCAAGCUCUGGCAAGAUUGCGCUUUGCGGAUGAAGUGAUCACCGAUGAUGUUGAUGAGGCCUUAAGACUCAUCGAGGUCAGCAAAGCCAGUUUGUACGACGAUAACAGAGACCGCAGAGGUGAUCAAUCCCCCAGCACCAAGAUCUUCAACCUCAUCCGAGGUAUGCGCGACAGCGGUGCCGCUGCGACUGGCGAAGGCCGCGGUGAGCUAGACAUGCGCAGGGUAAGGGAGCGAGUUCUGGCGAAAGGAUUCACGGUGCAGCAACUGGAAGCUUGUUUGGAUGAGUAUGCGGAUCUUGAUGUAAGCCUCGUAGCCAGCGAAUCCACCCAUGAACACUUGAUGCUGAUUGUCUUUAAUAGAUCUGGCAAACGGCUGGAGAAGGUACUCGCUUGGUUUUCAUUGAAGCCGGUGAUGAAGACCAAGACAUGGGGGACGAGGACUUCUGAUGAUGAUUGCGCAUGCACACUUUGCGUCGUUAUCGGAGCACGAGUUGCGCUACCGGAAAUCGUUCUGAGUCUGCCCAGCCGCUUGGAAGAAGAGGGCAGAUGUCUGUCAAAAUAA